UUCUCUCUCUUCUUCCCCAGCUUUCUUUUCUGGUGUUGUGGUUUCCUCUGCAAUCUGCUCUGCACCUCUUUCUCGUUCUCUCUUAUCCUACGAUUCGAGACCGUGCAUAAGCUGAAAAAGGAGAAAGUAGAACUUUACGUUGAUCUAGAGGAGCUGUACGUUAUUGGAGGUUCAGGGGAAAAAAGUUUAAACUUGAAGCUUCUGAGCCGUCAUCCAAAGAGGGUAGGCAAGGGCCAAAUGGCAAAGUCUUGCAAGGGCUUGGCAAUGGAGUUGGUCAAGUGUCUUAGUGAGUGCGAUUGCGUUAAGGUUGAGAAGCGAUCGUACAGAGAAUGCGCUGGGGAGAAGAGUCCAUCAAUAUCAAGCGAAUGCAUUGGUCUGAGGGAAACAUAUUUCAAUUGCAAGAGAGGCCAGGUUGACAUGAGAGCUAGGAUUCGGGGGAACAAAGGCUAUUGAGGAGCAGUGGUAAUGUUUACCAAAUCGUGAAACAAAGUUUUGUACUUGAAUUGAAGAUUGUGAAAUAAAUUUUUUAGUUCAAUUGUAGCCGUAUUUUUUGUACUUACGACCGAUACCUUUUCCUCAAUAUUAAUAGUUUCUUUGUAGUAACCUGAAAAAUCUUGUUGAAUAUGAAGACAACUAAUUAAUAAAGGCCAAGAAUUGUACUA